GGGGCUCCGCUGUUGGGGUCUCCCGUCAGUUGUUAUCGGAACGUUGCCGCUGUCUCGUUGGAGCUUUAGACGGACGCGGACGCGCACGACUGUGUCUUUUACUUUUUGCGGAAAUAAAUCAGAGAGAAAAUCCCCCCGCCCCCGCCAACACACAAAACAAAACCCAAUUAAACAAUUAUGAAAUCAAAAGUUUAUAACUGAAAUAAAACUGAAAUUAUACAAAAAUUUCCAUAAAAUCUUCCGUACAGCGACGACCGGAGAGUGGACAAUUCCCAGAGGAUAUUUGAACACCGUGGGGAGCAGACCUAAAGUUCAAUUUGCGUACAAUUGAAGCACUACUCAUACAUAUUUUGCGGAGCUGGAGACUGGAGGCCGGCGACUGGUGGCUCGAGAGCUGUUUGGCUGUGGUUUGAGCUGCGACUGAUCCAGCUUUAAGAAAUUUCGCCGAAGAAAAGAAAAGUGGAAGAGAAAAGCUCUCCAUCGGCAUUCAGCAAGCGGGCAAGCAACCAGCCAUCCGACCAUCUCAUCCACUUGAUGACCCUCCCUGCUCGACCAGGCCGGGAAGCAGCAGCAGCUCUAGCUCUCUAUUCGCCUGUCUAGUUGGCUCUCUCGUGUCCAUCCCAUCCAGCUCGGGCACUUCCUUCAAUGUCACUCGCCUCGAGGAUGAGUGUGAAGCCAAGUGGCAGCGAAAUCGAUGUCGGCCAGCGCCAGGCGAGCAUACGGAACCUCUUCGCCCCGUCGGCGGCACAGUUGGCCCGGCGGAAGGAGCAGCGCCAGCGGAGCCAGAGCAGCGUGUCCCUCCAGAGAGCCAGCCUGGAGAAGGACUCACUGCGCGGAGUAUCCACCGGGCAGCUGGCCACCAAAACCAAUGGGAAUGUCAGCAGCCUCGACGGCGGCUAUGGGAACAAUGAUUGCCAGAGCGGGGCUGGGAGGCGCAGCGGCUCGGUCGCCUUGGGCAUAAAUCAAUUGGCAAUGACUGCGAAUCAAUCAGCAGUGAAACAAUGCAAUGGCGUCAGCGUCCAUGGCCAGGACAAUGCCGGCCCUGACGAGCUGCCGGGAGCUGCUGGCAUCUCUAUUCCGGGGAGGGCCAACAAUGGCUGGCAUCAGAGCGCAUUUGAAUUGGCAAUGAAGCAGACGCCGGCAGCUCCUGCCCUUUGGUCCCCAUACCAGUCGCAGUCCCAGUACCAGUCCCAGUACCAGUCCCACGGAGGUGGACACAAAAACUGGAAGUCAACGAGCCAGCUGGAAAAUUUUAUUAACAACGAGCAGGAGCAGCAUCAGCAGGAGCAAAGGGAGUCGCAACAGGACAUUUCUGUUGACUUUGGUAAUGAAAUGACCUGGGGCAAAUCUGCUGAGAAAUCGCUGGCAUUGAAUCACCUGAGAACAGCGCGGCAGAACCCUGAGCAGCACGGAAGAUGCUCGACUGUUGCCCCAGCCUCCCUUUCUGCUUAUGCUCCCCAAGACGAUGAUGAUGAUGAUAAGCUGCUGCGACAGCAACAGGGGCAGCCACCGAGAGACCAGUGGGAGCAGCGCGAAAGUUUGCACAGCCAAAGCCUUCGUACAGCGACAGCGCAGUCCACACCGCUAGCAGAGCGAUUGCAGCGAUUCCGAUAUCGACAGCAAUUGCAACUGCAACAACAGCAGGCAGAGGCAGAGGAGCAACCAGAGGUGCAAGAGUCGGAAUAUUGGAACAACUACACUGACAUCGAAACAGUCUACGAUAGCCCCCGCCCCCGUCCCAUCGCCCAUGGCAGCCCACUCUUUGGCCAGUUAUCAGCUGAACAAAUAAGCGUAACCAAUUUGCAUAAGCAUAACAAGGGCGAAGCCAAUAGCUGGGGAACCGCUGCUGAGACUUCCGCUUCAGUUGAUGCCCUCGGCCGCCGAUACUCGCACGACGACACCCUAGAGCCGUCCGAGCCACGAGAGCGAUUGCGAUUGCGAUUGAGAGCUCUUGACCAGAAGUUACAGCCCCACGAGCUAGAGCCAGAUUCAGAGCAGGAGGAGGUACCGCCCCGACGACGUGUGAUUAUCAGGCGGCGCCUGGUGCGCACACCUCGCCCCGCAGACGCCUCUGGCAGAGAGGCACCACCCGCGGCAGUACCGGCCGCAGCUCCAGGAUUAGGUUCUGGCAAAAGCCUGGGCUGGUUGUCGAGGCUACGUAAUAGUUUCGGGGCCAGCGAUUGGAGCAGUCAAAGGGCUGCCACAGCAACAGUCAGCAAAGAAACCAUCGGUGGCAGCAACAGCUGCCCCACAAAUCCCAUCAUGGCCGUCCUGCGUACUAUGAAGCUGAAGGAGCGGCUUUUCAUCAGCCUGGGGGCCACACUGGUCCUGCUCACCCUCCUCCUCAUCGUCGAUGUGCAGAUGGACUUUGGUGUGGCCAAUCGCCACUUGCUGCAGCAGCAGCACCAGAGCCAGCACCAGAAGAUCCGCUUCGGCAAUGGCAAUGAUUACGAUGCCACCGCAGCGGGAGCCGGCGGAAUGCUGCACGAGUUCAAGCGCAAAUUCCUGCAGAAAAGCAACUCAUCUGGCUCCAAGGAGGCAUCCACUCAGGCUGCGGCUGCCAGUCAGAGCGGAGGCGUAACCAGCGGCCAAGAUGCGGCUGCAGCGGCAGCGGCGGCGGCAGGAGGGUCUGGAGGCGCUGCCGGACCCGGCACUGGAACCAUGCACUCCACCCGCAAGCCGACGCCGCACGAUCGGUAUGUGGAUCUGCAGAAGCUGCUGCUCACCGACGAGUACUACCAUGUCAUAGUGGACAAUGCGCCGGAUGUGUCCGUGGAUAAUCCCACGCUGUCCGAGAUGCUGCAUCGCACAGCCAGUGCCAAUGCCAGCAAUUUGGAGCGCUUCCAAUUGCGCAUCACGAAGAAGGAGCUGUACAGCGAACAGGACACUCUGGUGGAUGCGGUGCUACGUGACAUGAUCAAGCUGCCAAUACAGCAUGUUGUGCAAAAGGAGGGCGGCACCCAGCUGAAAUUGAUCAUUGAAUACCCGAACGAUAUCAAGGCCUUAAUGAAGCCGAUGCGGUUUCCCAGGGACCAGCAAACGCUGCCCAAUCAUUUCUACUUCACGGACUACGAGCGACACACUGCCGAGAUUGCUGCCUUCCACUUGGACAGGAUACUGGGAUUCCGGCGUGCCAUGCCUGUGGCGGGCCGUACACUGAACAUUACGACCGAAAUUUAUCAACUGGCCGAGGAGAAUUUAUUGAAGACCUUCUUUGUUUCGCCGUCGCUGAAUUUAUGCUUCCAUGGCAAGUGCUCCUACUAUUGUGACACCUCGCAUGCCAUCUGCGGCAACCCGGACCUGCUCGAGGGCUCCUUUGCCGCCUUUCUGCCCAACUUUGAGUCGGGAAAUCGCAAGGGUCGGAAGCUCUGGCGGCAUCCCUGGCGACGCUCCUAUCACAAGAGGAAGAAGGCUCAGUGGGAGACAGAUGCCAAUUAUUGUGCCUUGGUCCGUGAUAUUCCACCCUACGACGAGGGCAGGCGACUGUACGACCUCAUGGACAUGGCCGUCUUUGAUUUCCUCACUGGCAACAUGGAUCGUCAUCAUUAUGAGACCUUCAAAAUCUAUGGCAAUGAGACGUUUCCCUUGCACUUGGACCAUGGACGUGGCUUUGGUCGUCCCUUUCAGGACGAGCUCUCCAUCCUGGCGCCCGUCCUGCAGUGCUGUGUGAUCCGCAAGUCAACGCUGAUCAGGCUGCUUGAGUUCCACAAUGGUCCCAAGACGCUGUCGCAGCUGAUGAACGAAUCGCUGAGCAACGACCCGGUGAGUCCGGUGCUCUGGCAGCCCCAUCUGGAUGCCCUCGAUCGGCGCACGGGCAUCAUCUUGCAGAGCAUACGGGAUUGCAUAAAGCGGAAUCCCCCUGGUGAGGUGGACGCCUCCGAGAAUGACCUGUCCUCAUAGCGCUAAGAAUGGAAAUGGCGCGUGGCAGAACCAACAAAAGCAUCCUAGAGCAUUAGCUUAAACCCCUAGCUAUUAGUUGCGUGUCCUGUGUGUUGUCCAAUGAUGAAACGGAAACGAAAACCGAGACGGAGACGGAAUUUAACGUUAAAAUUAAUGGCAAUCGAUCUUUGUAAAAGAUCAGAUCAGCGUCCUAAGUGAAAUAUCUCCUUGAAGUGAAAUAUCUCUGUCUGCACAUACCAAAAAGCCAGAAGCCAGAUGCCAGAAAUCGGAACCCAGCAAGAGCCAAGGCCAGAAAUUAAUUCACUCUAAUGUUAGUUGAUAUGAUUUUCCACCCCCAUUUUUGUUUUGGCCAUGCCUGUUCGCCUGGUAUGGGAGUUUACAGUGAUUUGGCAAUGAAAAUUGAGUACCGCCCCCCUUAUAUCCAUACCAAUUUACACCACAGUGGUUGCCAAAAGUACACAAAAACUCGUAACUUGAGGGCAAGAGUAAAACUAACGCUGAACAAAACUAAACCCUACACUUUGCCGGCGUUUGCAGGAAUGCAACUUCUUCAAAAGACUAUAAACAUAAAAAAGAAAACUGAAACUGAAACAGAAACAGAAACUAAAACGGAAACGGAAAAUUGAAACUAUUUUCUAAAUAUUUAUUUAUAAUUUUUUCAUACAUUUUACAUACAACUUUGAUGUGCAUACACUUAGCGCGUAUGCAAAUUGCCAGCCCCUACCCCAACACCUACUCCUAUACCUACCCCACAAUUCGUAAGAAAAGUUGUUGCAAAUUUAGUUGGUAAGUUAACAUAACUUUAUGAUCGAUAUCAGGCGUAGCUUUAUCCGGAUCCGGUGGGUGGGCAACCGCCCUCCUGGGUCCCUCCUCUUAGUUAGUCCAAUUAGUUCCAGCGAAAAUCAUGUACUUCACCAUGUGGGAAACAAAACAAAACAAAAACACACUACUGUUAAAAAAACUAAUUAUGAUUACCGAGUAUAUGUAUAACUAAGUUACAUUUGUUAUUUUUAUUAUUGUAACAUCUUUGAAUUGUACCUUAUGAUGUGGUUGCAGAGAGAGAGAGAGAGAUCGAGAGAUCUAUCUCUGUAUAACUUGUUUGUUGGUCCAGAGACACAGUGUGAACAGAGUGAG